AUGCCAUCAUCACCACAAUCACUCUCUGCAGAAUUAUCGAAACUCGCGCUGACGAAAGACGAGGAGAAUACGUCGCGGUCGUCGUCUGUCGACAGCCUCCGAAGAGAGCACACGCGUACGAUGGAUGUAGUUGGACGCGGCGGAGACACGUCUGCGUCCCAAGUCGGCGAUGCGAAACGCGAGACGAGGAAGCUGGACAGGGAUCGCUUCGUACCAAACAGAGCAGCUUUAGAAGCUAGCAACACUAAGGAUCACGAGGAGGAUAUUGAGCACGAGCCACCGCUCCUGACUACCGACGGCGAUGGGGCUGUAGGGAGCGCAACCAACAGCAAGCGUAUCCUCGCAUUCGCAGAGCCCCCGCCUGUGAGCAGUGCGAGUGUGCACACGGACAUUCGCAUCAAUUUAGCUAAAUCUACCUCGAGUCGCAACGCUUCGUCGAGCAGCACCAAGGCACAGCCAAACCCUAAGCGGAAUCUGUCAAAGAUGAAACCAGACAGAGUGCUAGAUGCGCCAGGAUUAGUGGAUGAUUUUUAUUACAACCUUCUUAGCUGGUCGAGCACCAAUCUUCUGGCUGUCGGUAUUGGUGCACGCGUAUUUGUGUGGAAUGCCGACGACGGGUCUGUGAAGGAGCUUUGCAAUGGCGAGGAUUUCAACAGUGGUGAUGUUCAGUCGCUCAAGUGGACAGAAGACGGUUCAUAUCUCGCUACUGGUUGGGCGGAUUCCUCUAUACAGAUCUACGACAUAGAAUCAGGCAAGAGACUGAGAAAGAUGGCCGGUCAUUUAGCUAGAACUGGUACAUUAUCUUGGUCGCAACAUAUACUGGCAUCUGGUUCUAAAUCUGGUCAGAUCCACCUGCACGAUGUUAGAGUACAGCAACACAAAGUUGGUGAGCUGAAUGGCCACGCAUCUGAAGUCACAGGACUGGCAUGGAAACCGCAGGAAGGUUACACCCUUGCCAGUGGUGGAAACGACAAUGUUGUCAAUUGCUGGGAUUGGAGAGUCGGUACUGGUACAUCCUCACCCUCCGAAUCAGCUCAAGGUAGAAGCCCUGAACCGAGAUGGUCAAAACGCAACCACGAGGCUGCCGUCAAAGCCUUAGCUUGGUGUCCGUGGACACCUUCGCUCUUAGCUUCUGGCGGUGGUACAGGUGAUCAUACUAUCCAUUUCUGGCAGUCUGCCACAGGCGCUCGACUCAACUCUCUCAAACUCGACAGCCAGGUUACCGGUUUACAUUUCUCACACCACACGCGUGAGAUCCUGUCAACACAUGGAUUCCCUGAAAAUAACAUUCAAGUUCACUCAUACCCAUCUCUAUCAAAUGUAGGCGCUUGGCCAGCUCACGACGCCCGUGUCUUGCACUCAGGUUUAUCUCCUGAUGGAACCAUUCUCGCAACAGGUGCAGGUGACGAAUCACUCAAGUUCUGGAAAGUAUGGGAAUCAAAGACUGGAUCAAGUGGUACAAAGAAGGACGGUAUGGGUAUUUUAGAAAGAGGCGGAAAUAAAAGUGGUAAUAUUCGAUAG